AUGAACUUGAAAAAAAAUUGGGCUCCAGUUCUGGAUAGAUUCCAAUCCAAAUUGUCAAAAUGGAAGUCAAAAACCGUAUCUUUUGGAGGUAGAUUGACACUCAUAAAGUCGGGAGGAUCAGAUGAAAAGAAAGUGAUCCAUUGGAUAUUGCGGGAUAAGGUAACAACAUCAAAGGAAUCUGGUGGGUUAGGUGUCAGUACAAUAAAAGCACUAAACGUCUCUUUAAUAACAAAGUGGUGGUGGAGGUUGAGAACCAAGCAGGAUCAGUUAUGGGCUGCUGUGAUAACAAGUUCGUUACCUGGGGUAUGGAAUAACAUCGCUGGAAUUGGAAAUGAUCUAAAGAAAAAGAAUAUCCAAGUUCAAACUGUGUUAGACAAACGAAUAGUAAAUAAUGGUGUUAUAUGGAGAUGUGGGUUCACCCCGGAUGGCUCUUUCACAGUAAAUGCUCUUAGAUCAAGAUGGGACUACCGGACUCCAUUAACCAACAGAAAUUUCCAGUGGAUAAAAGAAAUCCUACUUAAAGUCUCUUGCUUUAUUUGGAGAGCACAAUGGGGCAGAAUCCCAACAGCUAAGGAGUUAGUAAAAAGAGGGGUAAACAUGGAAAAUUUAACUUGCCAGAUGUGCAAUGUGAAGGAAGAAACCGCUGAUCAUAUUCUUGUAGAUUGUGCUUAUGCAAAGAAGGUCAUGGAAGGAGUAAUGAGAUGGUGCAAGGUGCAUACUCACAUGGAAGAUCUCCAAGCGGUGUCGGAUGUUCUAAACCUUGCCAAUAAAUGGGGAAUGUGUACUAAAAAGCGGAAGAUUUUUCUGACAAUCUGUUAUUCUACACUAUGGAGAAUCUGGAUAGCAAGGAAUGAAAAAGUCUUCAAAAGGAACCGGCUACCACCCGAAAAAGUUAUUGAAUAUGUCAAAUCAGUAACCUUUCUUUGGGUGAAGAGCAGGGGAAUCAAGAUGAAUUUAAUCUGGGCAAAUUGGUCUCAAUGCCCUUUUUUCUUUUAG